UAUUCGAUGCUCCAGACGGGUUUGAUAUCGAACAUGUUGUUAAGUUAGAGAAAUGGGAUACGAUUACUGGUGAUGAUUUACUAAUCUAUGAUAAACAAUACGAAAUGCUAUACAAACAGGAAGAUAUACUUUCCGCUAUGUCAAGAGAAGUUUUUGAAGAAACAGAAUUAGAUAUCAAAAAGAUUUCCUGUGAGAUUAAAUAUUUUGGGUUUGAUAAGAAGAUUUUUGAAACAGAUGGGAUAGUCACCUAUGUAUUUCUAAUUAUCUUUGAUAGUUAUAAUUUCAUUCUUUAUUCAAAAGAAAAGAAAAGGGGCAAUGAAUUCACGCCAACUAUUGAGAAUGUAUUCGAAGAAGUGAACAGUUACUGUAAACUGAUCAAGAAUAAGAUUAUCUUAUUUGGUGGACCAUACUCCGGGUUAUCAGAAGGUGUCAAGAUAUGCACUGCCUUUUUCAAGAGUAUCGAUCUCGAGGUAUCUAGUACAUUAACACUCCCAGACUCUUAUCGUGAUCGGAAGGGUUUAGGGCCAGAUCAUCUCUCAAUCAGAGACUUAUACCCUGAUUACUAUUGUACCAGAGACGAAUCAAAAGAAGUCAAACAAUUUCAGAUCCUAGCAGCUUACAAUUCUAUUGGUAAACUUUUACGUGGUGAAACCGAAGCAGAUGCUGGAAACAAACCAAUAGUAAUCUAUGAAAGGAGUCCAGGAUGU